UGGCGCGUUAGGGACGUGGCUAUGGUGGAGGGGCUUGGGGUUGGACAGUCCACGCCAGGCGUUGAUUGGUUGCCAAGAGGCGGGGCUACUCGACUGCUGGAGAAGCAGCCGCGGCGGUGAGGAGAGCCAUGGGUCAGGCCGCCAAGGUUUUACGGCUCUUUAAAACAUUGCACAGGACCAGACAACAAGUUUUUAAAAAUGAUGCCAGGGCAUUAGAAGCAGCCAGAAUAAAGAUAAAUGAAGAAUUCAAAUGUAAUAAAAGUGAAACUUCUCCUAAGAAAAUAGAAGAGCUAAUAAAAAUAGGUUCUGAUGUUGAAUUGAUACUUAGAACAUCUGUUAUACAAGGUAUUCACACAGACCACAAUACGCUGAAAUUGGUCCCUAGGAAAGACCUUCUUAUAGAAAAUGUGCCAUAUUGUGAUGCACCAACUCAGAAGCAAUGAAUUUUUCUAGAGUAAAAUCACAUCUUUGUCGUUUUUAAUUUUAAAAUAUGUAACUGGCUCAAGUCAUAGAAAUGCAGACAUAUUUCUCUGAACUGGCAUAUUGAAAAUGAGUGAAUUAAAAUACAGUUUCAUGAUUA